AUGGACGAGUCGCGCUUCCGAUCCCAGCAGUCGCCGAGGAACGAGACGCCAAUGACCAACUUUGUCUCGCCUCCUCGCAACGGCGUCCGUCUCCCGCAGCAGACUUCUCACGACCCACGCUCCAAUAUGCCUCGACGCUUCACUACCGACUCGAGCCGCGUGCCAACCCUAUCUUCCGUCACCUCGACCAUGACCUCGCCCCAACGAGGCCCAGCCCUUGAUGCCACUCAAGAGUACACCAAACAGGCGUUGCAUCAAGUCCAACUAAUAGAGCAAAAGAAACUCGAGUAUGAAAGAAUCCGAGAGCGGCGACGACGAUUCGAAAUCGAGAUGCAGAGACUAGACCAGCAACAGAGACGGGAAGCGCAAGAGCUCGCGCAAAUGGAAGAAGAGAUUGGUAGACUUGGAGGGCCCCAGUCGGAGCCGACGACGCCGCCCGAAUACCAUGAUAAUUCCGGGUUCCCCUCCAUCUUUUCGCGGCCGAAUCGCUACUCGACCUCGAGCCUCGCUUCUCCGCCUGGCUUGUACAAUCGACCGGCCCGCUCCGGCUCGCAACUCACGUCCCCGCCUUCUGGCAUAAUGCAGCAUCGUGACGAUGACGAAAAAGAAGAGGCGGUCCGACAGGACCCAACCAGUCACAGAUCGACUAAUGCCCUCAACCGAUAUUCAAUGCCCGUGACGAGGUCGAGAAACGGACUGUACGACAUGAACCUGGAUCAGACGAACACGACACGCUUUCUAUUCGGCGACGACGAGCCAAAGGCGCUUCCUCGUGGCCAGACCCCGGACGAGAACUUUCCUACCCUUGUGAGGCGUGAAGACCAAAUGUUGUCUGCGUCGUCUGCCGCGCUCGAUCUUGCCUUAUCCCCAUCCCCUCACCCCGAGCCGACAGCUGCCAACGGUUGGAAUCGUGUUAACCGUCACCGGACACAGCAGAGCCUUUCCUCGAUAAACGGCUCAUCCCCCAACCAAGGCGGAGAAAUCUCUAACAUUGGAAGCCGACCUGCGUCGCUUCGGAACUCCCUCGACCUCAAGUACUUCUCGGGAACCACGUCUGAAACGAGUGGCGGCAUUUUGUCCUCUCAAAAUCACCACAACAUGACUGCCACUCCUCCGAGACUUCAGAGCUCGUUUUCCGCCAACGACGUCCCCACGGUCAAGAACCCGUCGGGCCCGUCGAUCAUGGGCGUCAAUGCCAACAGCCAUGCCCAGCAGCAUUUCCACAACCACAACGCCAGCAUUGGCCGCAUUCCCGCUGGAGCAAUGCCGACCAGGGGGCACACGCGCGAACUCUCCAACGACAACAACCUGAACAACGGCCGCGAGCAGGGCAGUGCUUAUCCGUCAAUCCAGUCGGCCCUUCAGGCAAGCGCGCCUCCAUUUGGACCCGGUCUCACGAGUGCUGCGCCCAUGACUUCAGCCGCGACUGUGUCUUCCCCCACCAGCACCUCGAUGAACCAGUUCCACGGCUUCUAUCCGGCAAACGGCUUCGCCCCGCUCAACGCCAAUACUGGAGGCAGCUUUGGCAUCCCGAUGCUUGCUGCUGGCAUGCAGCAGAUGACCAUCAAUGGUGUCAACGGCGGCUCCAUGUACCCUGCCCAGAAUUACACUGGAUAUGGCUCGGUGCCAUUCAAUCAAGGAGGUGGGCAGCCUCGGGACAGCCAGGCGCGUGUGAUGCAGCAUCGUCGCCAGCUCGACAGUGAAGCCAUGUCGCGUUACCACAAUAUGCCUCUCGAGUCCUUUCGCGGCCAGAUCUACGAGCUGUGCAAGGACCAGCACGGCUGCCGCUACCUGCAGAAGAAACUUGAGGAGCGGAACCCUGAUCAGGUGAACAUGAUCUGGCUUGAAACUAACCAGCACGUCAUCGAGCUUAUGAUGGACCCAUUUGGUAAUUAUUUGUGCCAAAAGCUCCUCGAGUUUUGCAAUGACGAUGAGCGAACCGUCUUGAUUCAAAAUGCGUCUCAAGAUAUGGUGCGCAUUGCUCUUAACCAGCACGGCACCAGGGCUUUGCAGAAGAUGAUUGAAUACGUCAGCACCGCACCGCAGGUCCGCCUGAUCAUCGAGGCUCUCCGCUUCCGCGUGGUCGAGCUCAUCCAGGAUCUGAACGGCAACCACGUCAUCCAGAAAUGUCUCAACAAGCUCACCUCCGCCGACGCUCAGUUUAUCUUCGAUGCCGUUGGUAACAACUGCGUCGACGUUGGAACGCACCGCCACGGGUGCUGCGUGCUACAGCGCUGUAUCGACCACGCCUCGGGCCACCAGAAGGCGUGGCUGGUCGACCGCAUCACUGGUCACGCGCGAGUCCUCGUGCAGGACCCCUUCGGCAACUACGUCGUUCAGUACAUCAUUGAUCUGAAUGAGCCAAGCUUCACUGACCCCGUUGUGCAAUCGUUCAAGGGCUGCAUCGGCUUGCUGUCGCGUCACAAGUUCAGCUCGAACGUGAUUGAAAAGUGUCUGCGCUGCGCUGGACCUGAAUCCAAGGAUAUCAUUGUGGACGAGCUUCUUGCUCCCCAGGAGAUGGAGCGUCAUCUGCGCGACUCGUUCGGGAACUAUGUCGUUCAGACUGCUCUCGAAUUCGCUACGCCUCACCAGAAAUACCGCUUGGUCGAGGCUAUUCGACCUCUCUUGCCGCAGAUUCGCAACACUCCGUAUGGGCGUAGAAUCCAGGCCAAGAUCUCCCUCCACGACAACCGUGGCAGUGCCGCGUCGAGUGGACAGGCCACUCCUGCCGACAAUACUCAGGGCCAGAUUUCCAUUCGACCCGGCCAUGCCCGGGCCAUGUCCGGAAAUGCUCCUGGGCUGCAGAACAACGGGCUCACGAAUGGCGGCGUCACAGGACUCGGAAGCCAGGGCAUGCGCCAGAACAUACCGCUCUACGCCAACAAUGCCACACCUCCGGCCUCGGGUUCCGUUCAGCAGGGCCCCGUCCACCAAGGCUCCACCCACCAACCUCAGUUCAACCAGAUGGCGCCCGCCGGUUACUCGCCCGCCCACCCUGCCAACCACCCGACGGACGCCGGCGAGCCUCGUUGGCUGUAA